AAGGGGGAGAGAAAUUAUGACAAUUUUUCUGCCUACGUAUUUGCUCUGGACUUUUUAUUUUAUUACAUUAUAUACAGAGUUUUCUUCUCUUUUAACUUGUAAUUUAAGAAAAAACUUUACUCUCAAUGAAAUUUACAAGCCCGGAGAUGUGGUUCUGGGUGGUUUAUUUGAGGUUCAUUACACAUCUGUCUUACCUGAACGAGCAUUUACCUCAGAACCACAACAGCCCCUCUGCAAAGGUUUUGACACCCUUGGAUUUAGACAUGCCAUGACAAUGGCCUUUGCUAUUGAUGAAAUCAACAAGAAUAGAAACCUGCUCCCUAAUAUGACUUUGGGAUACAGAAUUUAUGACAACUGUGGAGCCUUGGUUGUUGGAUUCAGUGGUGCCUUAUCACUGGCCAGUGGCACUGAUGACCAGUUUCAGCUUCUAGAAAACUGCUCAGGAACCCCACCAGUCCUUGGGAUUGUUGGUGAUCACUACUCUACUUUUUCUAUUGCCAUUGCUAAUGUACUAGGUUUAUACAAAAUGCCUCUUGUGAGUUAUUUUGCAACUUGUUCCUGCCUGAGUGACCGUCAACGCUUCCCGACUUUCUUUAGAACAAUUCCAAGUGAUGCUUUCCAGGUGCGGGCUAUGGUUCAGAUCCUAAAACAUUUCGGUUGGACGUGGGUCGGUCUGCUAGUCAGUAACGAUGACUAUGGACUGCACGUUGCUCAGUCGUUCCAGUCAGACUUGGCUGGGUCUGGCGUUGGGUGUCUGGCGUACCUUGAGGUUUUGCCCUGGGAUAAUGACCAAAGUGAGCUCACACGGAUUGUGCGUUUGAUUAAAGCAUCAACAGCUCGGGUGGUCAUUGUGUUCGCACAUGAGAUCCACAUGAUUCAACUUAUGGAAGAGGUGGUGAGUCAGAAUGUAACAGGUCGCCAGUGGAUUGCAAGUGAAACUUGGACAACUGCAGUCGUUCUCCAAGUUCCUCACCUAAUGCCAUACCUGAGUGGCACACUGGGUAUUGCCAUCCGCAGGGGGGAGAUUCCAGGUCUGAGAGACUUUCUGUCACAAAUCAAACCUGACAAAAACAGCAGCACCGGGAAUAACCUUGUAAGACAGUUUUGGGAACACACAUUUAAGUGUAAAUUUGAUCAAGUGGGAUCGGUGGAAACUGAGGAACCUUUAUGCACUGGAAUGGAAAGAAUUGAUGCUGUGCAAACCGAAUUUUUGGAUCUUUCCAAUCUCAGGCCAGAGUACAAUGUUUACAAAGCUGUGUAUUCCCUGGCUCACGCCCUGCAUGACAUGCUGCAGUGUGAGCCAAAAAGAGGCCCUUUCAGCUGUGGCACUUUGCCCACCCUGGAGCCAUGGCAGCUCGCUCAUUAUUUGCAAAAGGUCAACUUCACCACACCGUUUGGUGAUCAGGUGUCGUUUGACAAGAAUGGCGAUGCUUUGCCGAUUUAUGAUGUUAUGAACUGGCUGUGGCUCCCAGAUGGAAAAACCAAAGUUCAGAAUGUUGGCGAGGUAAAGUCAGCAGUGUCCGGCGGUGAAGAACUCCAUAUUGAUGAGGACAACAUUUUCUGGAACACUGAGUCCAAACAGAGACCUCGGUCAGUGUGCAGUGAAAACUGUCCUCCAGGCACUCGUGUGGCCCGAAGAAAGGGGGAACCUGAAUGCUGCUUUAGCUGUGUGCCGUGCUCUGAGGGAAAAGUCAGCAACAAGACAAACUCCUUGGAGUGCAACAAUUGUCCAGAGGAUUUCUGGUCCAACUCUCACCGUGACCUGUGUGUUCCAAAGAAAACAGAGUUCCUCUCCUAUCACGAGCCUCUGGGUAUCUGUUUGACAACCACCUCCCUCCUGGGUACAUUCAUCUGUGCUGUUGUCUUGGCGAUCUUCACCUUUCACCGCCGUACGCCAAUAGUACGAGCCAACAACUCGGAACUGAGCUUCCUGCUUUUAGUGGCUUUGAAACUUUGUUUCCUGUGCUCGCUGUUGUUCAUCGGGCAACCCAGACUUUGGACGUGCCAACUGAGACAUGCAGCAUUUGGGAUCAGCUUUGUACUUUGUGUCUCAUGUAUUCUGGUGAAAACCGUGGUGGUUCUAGCUGUGUUCAAAGCUUCUGAACCAGGAGGUGGAGGUAAUCUGAAGUGGUUUGGACCAAAGCAGCAGAGAGGAACAGUGUUCACCCUCACCUGCAUUCAAGCAGCGAUCUGCACUGCUUGGCUUGUCUCUUCCUCUCCAGCUCCUCGUAAAAACACCCAGUACCACAACGACAAGAUAGUUUAUGAGUGUGAGGUCGGGUCUACUGUUGCAUUUGCUGUAAUACUAGGUUACAUUGGUGUGUUGGCUAUCCUGAGCUUUUUUUUAGCAUUUCUGGCAAGAAAUCUCCCCAACAACUUCAACGAGGCCAAGCUCAUCACUUUUAGUAUGCUGAUCUUCUGUGCUGUGUGGAUGGCCUUUGUUCCCGCCUACAUAAACUCUCCAGGAAGAUAUGCUGAUGCAGUGGAGGUGUUUGCCAUCCUGGCUUCAAGUUUUGGUCUGUUGUUGGCACUGUUUGGACCUAAAUGUUACAUACUCCUACUAAAGCCGGAAAAGAAUACAAAGAAAGCUAUAAUGGGUCGAUGAGGACAACAGAUAUCCAUUCAACGCUGAUGGUGUAAAUAGAAGCAAUAAUAACUUUAUUCCGUCAAAAACGUCCAAGUUAGGUUUUUGUCCUUGAAUCUCAAUCGAAUAUUGUUGCAGAUUAAAGAAUCGACAUCGUAUAGACAACUGAAUGUAGAGCACAUGUGUCAAAGU